UGCGUUCGCUGUAAAUGUUGACCAAUGAAGUGAUAACAGGUGUAUGUUUGGAGACAACCCCUAAACCCUCACUCUAUUGCCUCUUUGGGCGCAAUAUUUCCCGCGUUUUGAGCUCUCAUUGAAAGACAAGUCAAUUGUCUGCGAGUUUGCAGUGAAAGCACAUCCAGUCCUCCACUUCAGUCGUCCAGUCUUUGUCAACAUAUCCAACACAUCCAUAGCCAACAUGUUUGAGGCGCGACUCAUUCAGGGAAGUAUUCUCAAGAAGAUAUUGGACGCCAUCAAAGACCUGGUGACCGACGCCUCCUGGGAUUGCAGUCCGAACGGCAUGUCUUUGCAGGCGAUGGACACGAGUCACGUCUCACUCGUCUCCGUCUCUCUCAAUAGCGACGGUUUCGACAAAUAUCGGUGCGAUCGCAACCUCACGCUCGGCAUGAAUCUCAUCAGCCUCUCGAAGAUAAUCAAAUGCGCGGCCAAUGACGACACAAUUAUCAUCAAAGCGGGCGAUGGCGGCGACAAAAUCACGCUUCUCUUCGAGGCUCAGAACGAGUCAGAAGUGGCUGAAUAUGAGAUCAAACUCAUGAAUCUGGACUCAGAAUACUUGGGAAUUCCAGACACCACGUAUAACGUGACCAUCAAAAUGCCGUCCAAUAAGUUUCAGCGCAUUUGUCGCGAUUUGUCGCAAAUCGGAGACGCGGUGACCAUCUCUUGCGCUAAGGAUGGCGUCCGGUUCGGCGCCGCCGGAGACCUCGGCUCGGGAUCCAUACGUUUGGCACAAACGGCCACUUCGGACAAACCCGAGGACUCGGUGACCAUCUCUAUGCAGGAGGCGUUGUGUCAGUCAUUUGCUCUCAAAUAUCUCAAUCACUUCGCGAAAGCCACUCCUCUGUCAGCGCAGGUGACGCUCUCCAUGUCGCCGGACGUGCCCUUAGGUGAGCCCUUACUGUUCAAUGUCUGUGUGGUUGAGUACAACAUAUCGGACAACGACGACGAGAACCCGUCGACCAUUGGUUUCAUUCGCUACUAUUUGGCGCCGAAGAUCGACGACACCGACGAGUCCUAAGUCAGUGGCUCUUAGUCUCAAUUCUGUGGUAAAUGUGACACCAAAUGAAACGAUUGUCUCUUUUUAUAUUAAAUCAAUUUUCUCGUAAUAAAAGAUUUGGUUUUUUUAAUUACAAA